CUGUGUGCACAUCCUGUAGCUGUGAGUGAGCAGUGGGAGGGGAGCUCAGACAGUGACACAGCCUUGGCUGCUCCUGGAGCUCACUGUCUGUGCAAUUGCUUUCACAUGUGCAUGGCACAGGCACUCUGCAAGUCAAGGAAGCCUUGGGAGGGGGCAGGGAGAAGCUGGGGGAGUGCAUGGAGUCCUUAAUGUGGAUUUAGGGGGGUGAGAGAGGGUACAGCUCUGGGAUCUUAAACUGAAAAAAAGAACUAAGAAGAAUUUCCUCCCUCUGAGCUGGCAAGAGAGCCCAGUGAGCAGGAUGAGUACCACCAGUACCCCCCAAGGGGGGCCUAAAGCCACUACAGGGGGCAGUGGGCAGGCAGGGGCAGCCACCCCACCAGCUACCCCACCAGCUGUGCCAGAUGAUGAGCCUGGCAUGAUCAGCCUGGACAUCACAGGGGUGUUUUACCAGUUUGCCAAGACUUUUGUGAUUAUCUUCCCUGUGUAUGUGUUGGGAUAUUUUGGGUUUAGCUUCAGCUGGCUGCUGAUCGCCUUGGGAGCUUUUAUCUGGUGGAGUAAAAAUAAAGGGAAUAAGAAUUCAAGACUGAACAGGGCAUUGGCAUUUCUGGAGAAUGAGGAGAAAGCUGUGAAACAUAAAAUUGCUACAUCUGAUCUACCUGCAUGGGUUCAUUUUCCAGAUAUUGAAAGAGCAGAAUGGCUGAACAAAACCGUCAAGCACAUGUGGCCAUACAUCUGUCAGUUCAUAGAUAAAUUGUUUCGAGAGACCAUAGAGCCAGCUGUGAGGGGCGCCAACACCCAUCUAAGCACCUUCAGUUUCACAAAAAUUGACAUGGGCAACCAGCCCUUAAGAAUAAAUGGAGUCAAAGUUUAUUCAGAAAAUGUGGACAAAAGACAGAUCAUCCUUGAUCUUCAGAUAAGUUUUGUUGGAAACACUGAGAUCGAUUUAGAAAUCAAAAGGUACUUCUGCAGAGCUGGUGUAAAAAGUAUCCAGCUCCACGGAACAAUGAGAGUUAUUCUGGAGCCUCUAAUUGGAGACGUCCCAAUCAUUGGAGCCCUGUCUUUAUUUUUUCUCAAAAAACCGACGUUAGAAAUCAACUGGACUGGACUUACAAACAUCUUGGAUAUUCCCGGUUUGAACGGCGUGUCGGAUACAAUAAUCCUGGAUAUAAUCUCAAAUUACCUGGUACUUCCAAACCGUAUCACUGUCCCACUUGUAAGCGAUUUGCAGAUUGCGCAGUUACGAUUCCCGAUACCAAAGGGUGUUCUGAGGAUACAUUUCUUCGAAGCUCAGGACUUGAUGGGGAAAGAUACAUACAUGAAAGGACUUAUCAAAGGGAAGUCCGACCCCUACGGAGUUAUCAAGCUUGGCAGUCAGAUUUUCCAGACCAAGGUUAUCAAAGAAAAUCUUAACCCAAAGUGGAAUCAAGUAUACGAGGCGUUAAUUUACGAACACCCAGGCCAGGAGUUAGAGAUCGAGCUUUUUGAUGAAGACAACGACAAAGAUGACUUUUUGGGCAGUCUUCUGAUUGACCUGACAGAGGUGGAGAAAGAGAGGGUGGUGGAUGAAUGGUUCACUCUAGAUGAUGCGACCUCUGGAAAGCUUCAUUUGAAACUAGAAUGGCUCUCUCCAUUGUCAACAACUGAGCAUCUCGAUGAGGUGUUGACGAGCAUCAGAGCUGACAAAGACCAGGCAGAUGAUGGCUUGUCCUCCGCUCUGCUUAUCCUGUACCUGGAUUCAGCCAGGAACUUGCCUAGUAUCUACGAGGGGCACAUGGGUUUUGGCAACUUAAAAGCAAGGAAAGCUUCGGGACUCAUCUUUUGUGAAAAUAACGCUUCACUCUAUAGAACGCUAUUUUCAAGUAAGAAGAUGGGCAGCACCCCCAACCCAUAUGUACUAUUUUCUUUGGGUCACACGGUGCAAGAGAGUAAGGUUAAAAACAAGACCGUCGAACCAAUAUGGGAGCAGACAUUCACUUUUUUUGUCCACAACCCUAAGCGACAAGAACUUGAAAUAGAGGUGAAGGACGAAUACCACCAAAGUUCCAUGGGAAACUUGAGGAUUCCCCUCAGCAAGUUACUGUCUAGUGACGACCUCACUAUGAAUCAGAGGUUCCAACUCAACAACUCAGGCCCCAGUAGUACUCUUAAGAUGAAAAUUGCACUCAGGAUUCUUCAUGUUGAGAAAGUUGGGAGCUCUUCUGAGGACCGGCGCACAUCCCAGGUGAAGAGGCCUACCUUAUUAAAGGGAAAAGUACCAUCGACCCCUAACACGCCAUUAUCUCCAGCUCCUAAUGCUCAGAAACCUCCAACACCCAAACUGGAUCUUAAUAGGAAAACAGAGAACGGAGAGAGAGAGAGUCCCUCAACCGCCAGCCCCCAGAGGCUGACAGAACUGAAUAAAAGCUCCUCCAGCCUAUCUGGGUCCAGCUUCACCUAUUCUCCCUCACAUAUUGCUUCCAUGAAGGAGCCCACACCCAGUAUCGCUUCAGACAUAUCUACACAAAUGGCGACCAAUGAGCUCCGGCAGCGACUAAGACAACUUCAAAAUGGAACAACAGUGGGACAAUCCCCUCUUGGACAGAUUCAGUUGACAGUCCGCCACAGCUCUCACAGAAAUAAACUCAUGGUUGUGGUACAUUCCUGCAGAAAUCUUAUAGCAUUUUCAGAAGAAGGAUCUGAUCCAUAUGUUAGACUGUAUUUAUUGCCAGACAAGAGACGGUCGGGUAGAAGAAAAACUCAUGUGAUGAAGAAGACGUUGAAUCCAAUAUUUGAUCAAACAUUUGAAUUCAGUGUUUCACUACCAGAGAUUCAAAGGAGAACAUUGGACGUAGCGGUGAAGAACAGCGGGGGAUUCCUCUCCAGAGACAAAGGACUCUUAGGAAAGUUGUUGGUGGAAAUAAACCAAGAAGAAGUCACCAAAGGAUGGACGCAGUGGUACGAUCUCACUGAAGAUGGUUCAAGGCCUGCUAACGCCAUUUAGGCACACUGAAGGGAUUGUUUAUCAGCAAAUGCACACAUUCAUAGCAUUGUGCUCAUUGGAUGUAUCAAUUUUAUUUUUAUAGAUCCAUUAAUUUCAUUACCCAAUACUGCACUCGUUUUUAACUAUUUUUUUUUUACAUUGUUGAGCAGUUUCAUGGCAAAUCCUGCUUUUUAUCAGCUUAAUUAGAGAUGUUUAUUUUGCCCAGUUAUGUGCAAUAGGGUGUAGGGUGUUUUUUAUUUGGCAUCUCUAUUUCAUUUAUAACCAGGGAAAUAGGUUUUAUGAAUCACAGUGAGGGAUAGGCAACAUUGUACAAACCAGCUGCUAGUUACUACUCGGCCUCUCUGUCUUGUAGGGCUGUUAGGAGCUGCUAUGUUUCGAAGGGUCUUGGGCCAUUAUGUUUCUAGGGUACCCAUCUGCUUGGUACUAGGCCAGGAUUACCCACUUGUACUGUGGGUUCUAGAAAUAUAUUACCCAACCACUGGAGGUCAAGGCAUGUAGUUACAAGACUGUGCAGUUCUGUGCACUUCGACCUCUGCUCCUGUGGUUUGCAAUUGAAGGCAUUCUUGGCCCACAGCUUCCAGUCAUUAGGAUUAUAGAUCUUUAAUUUACAGUCGCUACAGUUCUAGCUGUGUAGAACCCGACCAGCGUUCUUGGCUCAUAGUUCCCAGUUGACACUUUAGUAGGCCAGUAGCUCCCAGUCACUUGAAGUAUUCUUUGACUGUAAAUGUGGUUUUGGUUGUAUACGUUGCCACUGUACACCUUGUAAAUAUGUACUAUUCUAUUUUGUAAUUCUGCAUUUGAUGGUUCAGUAUUGAUUCGAAUUUUAAUGAAGUUUUCAUUUUAGAAGGCCCAAUUCUACAAGUGACAUCUAAAUUAAAAAAUAAUUAGCUUAAA